GGCAGCACAGCAGCGCGCCUGGUGUCGCUGGCGGGGGUGCGAGGCACAGCCUUGGCGGCAGGGCUGUCUGUGAAGGCGCUGUGGGUGCUUGACGCCAGCUUCAUGCUAGACGCCCGCCACGUGCACGCUGCCUCCUCCUUCUCUUCGCUCUUCGCUCUGCAUUAUGACCAAAGGUUUUCUGUGGACGAUGUGACAACAGCAUGUGUGGCCGACCUGCUGGAACAGGCGCCGCAGGAACUCACGGCCCACCUCUGCUGGUCCGCUGCUGAGCUGGCUUCCAGCCUGCAGGCGCUGCGUCCAACUCAGCGCAUCCUCCGCCAGCUGGCAGCAGAGGACCUGCCACGUGUGCAGCAAUCCACAGCAGUGUUCCUAGAGAACACACCUCUAGACUCCUGCCCUGGCUGCCCUGCCAACCUCUCGCUCCUCAUCCCCCCCUCCUGCUCCAACUGCCACACCCUCCCCUUCUCCCAUUCCCUCUCCUCCCCACUUCCCCCAUCAGGAUACCCCUCUGGACUCCUGCCCCGGCCUGCCCAGCCAACCUCUCCCUCCUCGUCCCCCCCUCCUGCACCAACUGCCACACGCUCCCCUUCUCCCACUCCCUCUCCUCCUGCGCCGCCCGCCGCAUCGCCUACGCCGCCCCUGCGCCGCCCGGACCGCGACUUCACUGUGGCUGCUACAGUGCCGUCUGCCGCCCAGGCUGUGGCCGGCAUGUUCCACGAGUCACGGGCACCGCUGGUGCUGCAGGCAACGCGGAAGAGGGGGGGAGUUGGGGUGCGGAGCAGGGGCAUGGUGGGGGGGAUGGGCGGGGGGAGUGUCUGGGAGAGGGUGGGGGCGCGGGGGGCAUCUGGGGAGGGAUUGGGAGGGGAAGAGGGGGGAAGAAGUGGGGGAGGAGGAGUGGGUGGUGGAGCGAUCGUGGAGUUUCUCGCUCUGGCCCACGCGCCCUCGCUCGUCUUUGCCCUCCACGAUUCCCCCGAGGCCCGCCUGCUCACGGCCUUGGCUGCUGCUGCCAGGGGUCCCCUCGGCCUCCCCCCUGCUGCGGUGGAGCCUGCUGUCUGCCCCUCGCCCAUGCUGCCGCCCCUGGCCUCCCUGCGGUUUGCACAGCAGAUGAUCAUGGACGAAGCUCGGGGUGAUGUUCUGUCAGAUUCAGAAGGUGGCGUCAACGAGCUGGAAGAUGUGGAUGCGCAGCGAGGCGGGGCUUGCAGCACAUCGCCUUCUACUUCCACCCCUCCCUCACAGCCGCCUGCCUUCCCCUCUCCCCCGUUCCCCUUCCCCCCCACCCCACCCCCACUUCCCCGCAUCCCCGCCUCCCCUCAUCCCCCCAUCACAUCACAUCCUACUUCCACACGCACCACGCUGGGCGUGAACGGGCUCACGCUCAUGGGGCGAGAGAUGGGCGAGGACGGACGUGAUGUUCCACAUGACGCGGGCAGCGACCUGUUGAAGGUGGCGUUUGUGCGCCACCCGCUGCCGCGCCUGCUGUCGGCGCACGGGGACAAGCUGGCUAAUGGCGGGGAGAGCCGCAACGUCAGCAUGUGGAACGAGAUGGGCGAGGACGAUGUGAUGUUCCACAUGACGCGGCGCGACCUGGUGAAGGUGGUGUUUGUGCGCCACCCGCUGCCGCGCCUGCUGUCCGCGCACGGGGACAAGCUGGCUAACGGCGGGGAGAGCCGCAACGUCAGCCUGUGGAACGAGGUGGGUUGA